AUGGCUGGAGAAUACGACUGUAAUUUUCUCCUUUCCUUCGCUGACGAAAUCAAUUUCACCCAGUGGAUAGACGAAUACUUUCACGAAUCCACAUCAAAAUUCGACCUGACAGACAUGGAUCUCCUCGAGAACUUUACCAACCCUGAGAGGCACAUCGAUCGCCUCGGUUCGCCUGAGGAGUUUUUUGAUGAUUGCGAUUUGGCACAGUUGAUGAGUCCUACCAUGCAACCUGAACCUCCUGUUGCCCCGACUGUGGGGUCUGAUGAGUCUGUAACUGCAAAGGCUGAGUCGCCAGAGCUGUUUGACUUUGCCAGUCUUGGGAAUGAUGGUAUGGCUGAUCAGGAUAUGAGUGGGGUGGUUGACACUGGAGGAGGGGGUUUUGAGGGGCCUGUUUCUACUGCUCUUACUCCCGCUGCUCAGUCUCUUCGUGUUGAAAGCGAUGAACCUAUGGCAGAGUACAGACAAGAGAAUCUGCCGACUGGGAACCAAGUCAACUGCCGACUUCAGAUUCAUGCUCAGCGCUGCCCUCCUCAGCUUCAGCCCCAAGUCCAGAACCAGUAUCAGCUUCCAGUACAGGUUCAGGACCACACUCCGGCUCAGUUUGACUGUCAAGUCCAGACUCAAGCACUCGCUUUCCAGCACCCCCUCCAUCAGCAAUACACCCUCACAAACCAGUAUAUACAGGGGAAUUACCAGCCGGUAAACUUUCACCAGGGACUCAUCCCCUCUCAACCUGACCCGCCUCAGCCUCAGCCUCAACCCCAAUUUCACUUCCCAUCUGUGACCCCCUCCUUCAACCCAACUCCCGUCCAGCCAACCCGCCCAGCUAUUGAACAGCCUCCCAAGAAAUACCGCGCUCCUCUUCAACCCACAGCGCAAACCCCCCACCAAGCAUGGCUGGUCCCCAAGCUGGAGAUCUUCACACGCCAGUACCAGGGCUACAUCAAGACACCCAGAGAAGCCAGAGGAAUAGAAAGCACAUUCCUCUCUCUGUCUCAUCCCCCCGAGAGCGCCACGACGACUCGUGCAGCCGUCGAUACGAGUUUCCCUCGAACAUCGCAGGAGUAUUGCAAUCGUGUUCGACAAAUGUUCGAGGCCAUAUGCGACUGGUCCAGUCCUCGUGAAUGGCGCGCAAAGAUGGGUCAUGCCAUGGCAGCGCAGUGGAUCGAGAAUGUCAAGAAAGAUCGUCAGAUUCGUGGUCAAUCAACCAAGAUGAGUGAACUCACCGAUGAGGAUCUAGCUCCUCCUGCGAGCGAGAUGCCUCCUGUUGAAGAGCAAUGGAAGAAUGUCAUUCAUCGUCGCCUGUCUGAUGUCGAAAUUGAACUUCUCUGCGCCAAGGUCUUGCUCAACAAAGUCUUGAUCCAUUCUGCUCUUCGUGCCUCUUGGAUCUCUCGAAUCACAAACUCUCCCUUCUCAGAGACUCGUCGCAAAGAUCAGAACAAAGCUGGGAAUGAUCGUAAGCGGACUCUCAUCGAACAGGUUGAGAAUGGACGCAAGAGACCUGCGAAUGAACAGGGUGGUGGCAAGCAGAAGCGAGCCAAGAUUUAA